AUGCACUUCUGCGAGCAAGUAUUUCGCCUAUUGAUAACGGUGAUUACAUUAUGUGGGGCCCUUGAGGUAAAUAUUACAAGAAGGACAAGAUGUUUAAAAGACUGCAAGGCCGAUAGUAAACUGUUUUAUAAAUAUCCAACUUUCUGCGACACUACAUAUUGUGGUCAAGAAUAUCUUAAGUCUCUAGUGGAAAAAGCCAGCAAUUCAGAAAGUACUUUACCGAAACCUGUUGCGCCGAAACUGGUUGAAGCUGGGUGGCAGAAAAUACGAGUACGUUUUAAUACAACAGAGCUGAAGAACCACAGCGAUGUUGAUUAUAUUUUAGAAGUGAAGCCAUUAUGGGGUCGUCAAGAGAGAGGCCAGCACUUUGUUGUAUUUCCUUACAUAAAGCCAUACCUUCUUACCAAUGAUACAACGUAUACAAUUGAGGACCUCGAGCCGAAUACUGGUUAUAAAUUUAGAGUGCUCGCUCUAAAACAAAAUAGAUGGUCGUCAUUUAGUAACUGGAGUAGUGUCAUGAAUACAACUGAACUUUGCGAAGAACCUCCAUGUGGCGUAACAAAUAUCCGCUUGGAAUUGACAACCGAGAUACCUUAUCAAAAAAGAGUGAUUUUGAAAUCCUAUUUUUGUUGGAAACCUAGUACUACGUUCAAUGAAACAAACAAAACCGGGCUGCACGGCGUUCUUCAAAAAAUUGAAGUAAUAAGCGAGUGUCGAAAAAUUUUUAACGACGAAAAUGACUUCUCUGACCGCAAGAAGUUAACCGGAUUGGAUGCUUUCAUCAAAAAAGAAAAUGCAAGCUACACCAUCGACGGAAAAAACCAUCUUUACUAUAAUUGUUGGUACAAGUUAGAGGUCAAGAUGCAUAAACUUCUUAGUUUUGAACGUGAACAAAUAAUUGUGAAAUAG